CUAAAAUCCCAAGAACCCUAAAUCUUGAAAACCCUAAAACUCUGGGCGGCGACAGGAAGGAAGCGGAGCGAUGUCGAAGCGCGCUAGAGGUGCUGCCUCGGGCAACAAGUUCCGGAUGUCGCUGGGAUUGCCCGUGGGCGCGGUGGUGAAUUGCGCCGACAACACGGGGGCCAAGAAUCUCUACAUCAUCUCCGUCAAGGGCGUCAAGGGGAGGCUCAAUCGGCUCCCGGCGGCGGCGAUCGGCGACAUGGUGAUGGCCACUGUGAAGAAGGGCAAGCCGGAUCUCCGGAAGAAGGUCAUGCCCGCGGUGAUCGUCCGCCAGAGGAAGCCGUAUCGCAGGAAAGAUGGAGUUUUCAUGUACUUCGAAGACAAUGCGGGCGUGAUCGUAAAUCCCAAGGGCGAGAUGAAAGGAUCUGCCAUCACUGGCCCAAUCGGCAAGGAAUGCGCGGAUUUGUGGCCUCGAAUCGCCAGCGCUGCCAAUGCCAUCGUUUGAUUCGAAGCCUGGAGACUAUCAAUGGAGAUUUUGUGUUCUAGUUC